AUGAUGCCUCACCAUGUGGCCAUAUCAGCGGUUACUCUGCUGUUCACUCAAAUCGUCUCCGAUUCCGUCAACAAAACUCAACUGAAUUGGGAACCGUGUCCAGACUUCACGUUCGGCGAUCCGAACGAUCAGCACGCUGAGUGUGUGAUCUACAACGCGCCACUAUGUCACCCUGGUAUCUGCCAAACGCCAGGUUGGGUGAAUCCGACAAUCGAAGUUUUCGUGAAGCGAUUCCCAGCGACGACUGAGGACCCUGCCACAGCAGCGAACGUGUGGCUACUACAGGGAGGCCCCGGGUACUCUUCUACAGGAUUGGAACCAACGAUAACGGAAUUGCAUAUUCAGUUAAAAGGACAAGCAAACAUUUACACGAUUGAUCAUCGAGGCAGUGGCCGAAGCACACGGUUAUUUUGUGCUGCUUCUGAGACAGCAGCUGCUCGUUCUGCUUCGGGUAGCCAGAUGAACUCGUCAGAAGUUUCUGCGUGCGCAAAAGAAUUGCAAUCGCAGUAUGGAGAUUUAUCUUCCUUUUCCAUGACUAGUGCUGCUACAGACGUUGCCGCAUUCAUCUCCAAGUACACAAAUGGUGAGAACACUACUAUUUACGGCGGAAGCUACGGGACCGCCUUGGUGGAACGACUCAUUCAUUUGGACCCCUCAAGUGUGACAGGAUAUGUUCUCGACAGCGUUGCAACAAACUCCGGUGCUUCUGGAGAUCGGUUCCCAUAUAUAUCGUUGUGGGAUACAGAUUUCGGGGAGGUUGGAGACGUUUUCCUCAAUUUGUGCGAUAAAGAUGACAGCUGCAGUCGACAUUUUAGCCCAAGAAAUUUGUCGUCUACUCUACAACAGAUCAUCACUAGUUUUGACAAGGACCCCAACUCGACCUGUUCUCAAGUUUUGAGUUCGGCGGACGUUGGAACCGAUAUCCUGUACGGCGAGCCUCCGUCGUUCUCUCUUCGCCGCAUUCUGGGGCUGCUAGUUGCCGACCCCAAUCUUCGAACUCUCAUCCCUCCCGUUAUUUACAGACUUGACCAAUGUGGAUCUGAGGACGUCAAAAUAUUGAAUCACCUUCUCACGAGUCUCAACGAAUACGUCAACUACUCGGACCCAGACAACGCGUACAAGUCAAUGCUGCUGUACUAUCUUAUCGUCUUCUCUGAAAUAUUGAAAACUACGAUUCAAACGCUAUCAUUUACGAUCGCGACGACUACUGGAACACGAGCGCAACAAUACCGAAUUAAAGCGAGUGUUCUACUAUUAAACGGCAAGUUGGACACGCAAACACCGCACAAGUAUGCGGUGUCCCUGUUGGAAGUGUUGAAAGGUACGAAGAAAGAACUUAUUUCUGUUGACUACGCUACACACGGGAUUAUUGCGUCUACUCCUCUCGUUGACGGCACAACUUGUGGAGUGAAGUUGCUUGCCUCGUUUGUGGAGAAUUCUGGAGAUCUUUCCAGUCUUGACAAAACAUGCGUGUCCGAGGUACCGGCAUUCAAUUGGCAGAUUCCUAAGGCGUAUCUGUACAAAUACUUGGCCACUGAAGAACCAUACGAUGGUGUUUACAACAAAAGUUUGGCCAACAAGAACUAA